AUGAAUGCUCUAAACAAUCUAGGAAUAGCAUUCACGAGUUGUCUUUUUGGUUUGUCUUGCAGCCUCUAUUAUUCGAGAUCCUCUACAUUCUCUCGGCGCCGUAGAAGAUUCAGCCAACGGAGUGUUACAAGCUCCUCCGCCGACGAAGAAUUCAGUAGUGGUUGCGAUUCGGCCUACAUGACGCCAUCUAAAGAACUUUGCUACUUCUUCUACCGCAAAAACCAAACGACUCGAGUCGAACUCGACCGGACAUCAAACCCGGCGACGUCCACGGUGGCUUCGUCGGCUUCUACGGAUGGCAUAGAUGCAUUGGUGGAGGAGAUGUUGAAGUUGCAAGGGAUGUAUGGACCAUCGAGAGUUUUGUUUACUAUUAAGGAAGAGGAUAGGGAGGAGAUGGAGGUAAUCGAAAACGACAAGUUGUCGAUAGAGAACGAGCUUGCUAAAACCGUUGGUAAUGAUGUGGUUGUCGAUGUUGAGUUUGAUGGUGUAACGACACCGUUUUGGACACCGUGUGCGUCUCCUUAG